CUCGUCUAAAGCGCAGCGCUUCAGUGCGGAUAUUCGGUGCUGUAGGUGGAGACAUGGAGGAGCAGCCAGUUGUUCGGAUAGGACGCACGGAAGUUGGGGUUUGAAAGCAGGGAAACCCGUGGAUCUCACUAAAGCUUGUACCUGGGGCGGUCAAAGUGUUGCAAAUAUGGCGGAGGAUCCUCAAAGGAACUUCAGGUCAGCGUAUUAUGAAAAGGUGGGCUUCAGGGGAGUUGAAGAAAAAAAGUCACUUGAAAUUCUUCUGAAGGACAAUCCGCUUGAUAUAGAAAAGUUAAGUACAUUCAGUCAGAGGUUUCCAUUACCCUCUAUGUACAGGAUCCAUGUAUGGAAAGUCCUGCUUGGUAUUCUGCCUCCACAUAGCGAUUCUCAUGCUCUGGUAGCACGUUACAGGCUGGAGCAGUAUAUGGAUAUAAAAGAAGCUCUUCUGGCCAUGCGCUUUGUGCACACAGGCACGCCACACACUGAGCUAUACCUUCGCAUGCACCAGCUAGAGAACCAGCAGUUGCCUUGCCGGUCAGAGCUCACACAACCUGGUGAAGAGGAUGAAGAUUUCUUGGCAAUUGCCAGGGUAAUGGAGGAAAUUGUGGAUAAUCCGGUGGACUGCUAUUGGCUGAUUAGGUGCUUUGUCAACCAAUUUAAUCACAAGUUCGGCGAUUCCAUACCUCACCUGCCCAAGAGUCUGGAGCAUUUCCUCUCUCAGGAGGACGGUCGUCUUUUGGCCCAUCUGAAAACGUCAGGCAGUCUGGCUGUACUGCCCUAUUCCCUUUGGUUCAGACGCUGUUUCGCAGACUGCCUGCCAGAGACCAGCCUACAGAGAGUUUGGGACAAGGUGAUCAGCGGUUCCUGUAAAAUCUUGGUUUUCGUGGCUAUGGAGAUAUUGCUGAGCUACAAGAUCAAGCUCAUGGGAAUGAGUCAAUCAGAUGCAGUGGUAAACUUCCUGAGCAAUAUGCCGCAGGAGAACACGGAUGCCAUAGUGACCAAAGCCAUAGAACUGUGGCACAAGUACUGUGGUACGCCCAUGCACUCUGUUUAAGUGAACUCUGUGUGCACUCUGAGAACUGUGUGGUGCCUGUGAGCACCUUAUGAUCUUCAGACUCUACAGCUCCAUGGCUACAUUUACAUACAGCCUAAUAACUCGACUGAUAGCUAGGUCAGAAUAGAAGAUGUUCAUGUAGACAGAAAUUGAGGUCAGUCUGAAUGAAAUUUUCUGUCUGAUUGAACAAGGUGGGUAAUCCUUUUAAUAAUCUGCUAAACUGAAGAGUAAUAGUCAUGUACAUUACUUUGUCUGAUUAAUUAAUGUUUGCUCGUGUAUGAUCGGAAUUAGCACAUGCAUUUGAGGGGGGGUAAUAAAGUAGGUAAAAACCUUUUGAUAAAA